GCUGACUGAAAACAGAGCUCCUUGGUGACGCUCGCGAAAUUCGAAGAGGAGACGCCGACUGUACGUUGUUGUCGCCAGGCCGAGUGGAGGUUGAGUGACAGCCGAGAAUGGAAGCGCAAGGCAGCUCUCUACCAGGAGUGUCCUCGAGGGUCAGGAGGCAGAGAAGCAAAAAGUCUGUCCAACACACUGAAAAAUCAGCACACUGUCUCUCCAAAGAAGAUAUCGCAAAGUUCAUCAAUAGCCGGAAGCAGAACAUCUGCGUGGGCCUGCUACAGCAUGGCUUCCACAGGUCCUUCUCUGAGCUCUUCCUUUUGCUGCGGUUGGAUCAGGAGCGCCGGGAGGGGGCGGAGAUCAACUCGGCUCUCAGUCUUCAAACGCCGCUGGAGGAGCAGCACGCCAAAAUGGAGAGCAUCGGUCUUUACCUGAGCCGUGCCGAGCAGGCGCAACGGGACGGUCGCUGGCCGGCGGCGUACGAGCAACGUCUGCAUUUGGGCGCCUAUUUCACGGCCGAGUUGGAGGACCUGUGGCUCAGCUUGCACUUCUACCACACGUGCACCGACGCGCAGGAGGAAGGAUGCAAGCGGCAUGCCACCGAGGGGCGGGCCUGCUUGGCCGAGCUCUACCUGCAGCAAGGUCAGCUGGACAAGGCAAGGCACCAGGCUGAACUUUGCGUGCAAAUGGCCGACGAAGGCGGUUGGGUGGACUCGUCCAGUCGCUACUUGCCGCGUCGAGCCCGCGAGAGCCUGUGGUCCAUCUACAGUCGCCAGGCGGACGCUCGCAUCAAAGUGGGCAAACCCGACAAGGCUCUGGAGCUCCUCCACAAAGGCUACACCACCGCCACCGAGUCUGCAAACAAAAACAUCGAAGGGGAAGCCGCCUAUCAGCUCGGACUCGCCUACUACAGAGUCGGAGACUACGACACGUCCAAACAGUACCUCAACACCUCCAUGACCAUCUGCAGCAGCACGGAGAAUUUUGACGGCCUGGGAAAAGCUUACAAGGCCAUGGCCAAGUUAUAUGAAAGUAAGGGAAACAUCAAGAACACCAUCAAGCUUUUGGAGACAUUGGUUGACAUCUCCCGGAGCAAGAGCUUACAUCACCACCUCGUCGACGCAUGCCUAUGUCUGGGCCAUGUCUACACUAACAUGAAACAGUAUGACCAAGCUCGCGAGAGCCUACUCCAAGGUUACAACGUGGCCUGUGACAUCGGAGACGUGGCUUUGGUGCAGAAAGCUCAGGUGUCACUGGCCAGUGCUCACACUCGUUGCAUUGUGGGAAAGUACAGCGCGGACGUGGAGUCGGCCACGUCGCCCGCUCUGUCGCGGCUGCUGGCCUGGAAAGUGUCAAGAGGACUUCACGAGACCAGCGGCAAUGCUGACAUUUGCGACUAUUAGACAUAGACUGAGUUACCUUGACGUUUCCCCGAGCCAAGUAUUGCAGGAUUGCCAAGGAUGCCAGCAAAUGUGUCGCUAGCACUACUUUCCUUUUAAGCAUUUUAAUACAUAUUUGACUUUGCUAACAUAAAGCCAUAUAAAUCAAAGCUAUUAUUA